UUUAAUAUGUGGUAAGUUUAGAGAGGUGGGCCGCCUCGAGGAAGAUGUCGGAUGGUAGGCUCGGGAAGCUUUCUCGUCGCAUUUCUCGCAGGAUUGUGAUAUGAUGAAGCAACAGGGCCAUGAGGAGAUCAACACUGACCACAGGGGAGAGGGCUGACAACCUAGAGCAAGUGAAGAAGCUUAACAAGCAUGUGAGCGAGUGUGUUCGUCGUGCAAAUGCAGCACUGGGAGAGGCAGGAGUGGUGGGGGCCUUGUUCACAGCUCAGGCUGUUGGGGUGCGAGCCAGGCUGAGAGAUGCAUGUGAACGAAUUAUUUUGAUGUCCCCUGGUCCCCAAGCACGCCGCAUGGAGGAAAUACUCUGGCGCAAAGUCUUUUACGAGCCACUGACUUCAGCAAAAAAAAUGAGGAAGGGUAAUACAUGGACAAGUAGUGAAGCAUGUUGGGUACAUAAUCACCUCUGGACUGGAGUGGCCUACUACCACCAGCUAUUACAUGCCAUUUCGUCCUCAGCUCAACCACAGUUUCGUCUGGCAGACUUAUUGCCUAAUCCGAGUAAUGAUGAAGAAGAAAGUUCGGUUGCUUCCCCUGCUGGAGAGAAUGCCAGUGAAUCUAUGCAUAGAUUCCUCACGUUUCUUGGUGACUUAACCCGCUACAUGUUGGAUCUUCCAUCUCCCCCUCCACACCAUUUUCCUGUUCGCUACUAUUUGCAGGCUCUGCACUAUUCUCCUGAGGGUGGCCUGACUCACAGUAACUUGGCCACUGUCUAUACUACUGCUGACCAACCUCUACUGGCCACAGCACACUACCUUAGAGCGCUAACGUGUGAGAAGAAUGUUGAAGGAGCGGAGGGUAACCUAAAGAGACUGCUGGAUAAGAGUCGAGCCAUCUAUGAGAACGUAGUUGAGGAUGGCAAUGAUGAGCCUCCCUCACACCAUCAAAGAAUGUUUCUGCAUACCCUACUUACUCUUGUCUCCUGUUUUGUUAAUAACAGAGCCACUGAGGAAGUUGCUAGGCUGUGUCAGGAUGUGCUAGUUCAACUUGGAAAAGUGUUGGAAACUUAUGAUGAUGCUGAUAAUGAGACUUCAGAGAGAACUCCAUCACCUGCAGGUUCACCCCCAAAUGGCCAUGUACCCACUUCACUGCAAAAUGGAUGUGACUCUUCAGUAGAAGCUAAAGAGAAGAUUGUUUUAUCAUUUAGCCUGACUCCUGAGGCCAUGGUGGCUGUCUGUGCUGUCUUAUCUAUUUGCAUUCAAAGGCUCAAAAAUCAAGUGUCAUCACACACAAGUAUGGCCCAAGCUCUUCUGGUCUCGGUCUUGAUGACUCUCGUUUCCCAUGUGACUAGUAGACUAGAGCAACGCAUAUCACUGGUUGACCCCUCAUUCUUAUCAAGGCUUCUUCCUGAAACAGAAAAGGAAAGUGAUGAAGAAAAUGGCAAUGAUUCAACAUUAGUUCAGAAAGAGGAUAAGAACUCUGAUCCUGUAAUGGAAAGUGUAAAUGGAAAGCCAGUCGUGAAAAAGAAAAGUGGUCGCAGCAAUAGGUUGGCCAGUCUUCGUAGGCGACGCAAAGUGAAUGGUGAUCAGCCCAAUGCUAGUGACGAUGAGCUGAGUGGUUCAGAUUCUUUAGCAAGUGAGGAUGAGGAUGAUGCUGAUGACAAUGAAAAUGAUAAUGAAGGUGUAUCCAGUGAAGAUGAAGAUGAGGAGGAUGAAGAAGAGUUGGAUCUCUCCCAAUUGUGCUCUUCAGAAGAUGAUGACUCUGAUGAAGAUGUAAAGAUUGAGUCAGAUCAGGAAUGGGAAGGCCUCAGUGCAGGUGAACAUUUAGAGUUCAUUAGUAAAGAGGGCAUGUUGGCUGCAGUAUUUGUUGCAUGUGAUUGGCUCAAGAGAGAAGAUGAGGUCAUCCAGCUCUGCAUGAAGACUGCAGACUCUCUCUGGACUGCAAUUGCAAAGCUUCUAAAUCUAACGAAGGUGGAUUUAGAUCAUCUGAAGAAUAAUUCACAUGGAGUUCGAAAUGAUGUGAUUGGCCUUUUACAAGAAUGUGCUGGCACUGCAGGAGAGAAUUCUCACAAUGCAUUGUUAGAUGCUCUGCGGAUAACACCACUUCCAGAAGAUUUCAUGCUUCAUACUUUAAUUUCCACCUAUCUGCCAGGCACAAGCAAGUCUCUGAACCUCAAGUCAAUGGAACUGGUGCUGCUGAGAGUGAGGCGUCUCCAUGACUUUGGGCAAGAAAUGGCAGUGCGGUAUGAUACCCCCCUGUGGCACAAUACUGAAACUGGGGUGUACAGUUUCUCUAUGGACGGUGUAGUGUUCGAAGAUAAAAAGAAUAAGAAGGAAGCUGGAUUGGGAACCCUAAGCGAGAGGAAAUCAUUUCCCCCAACUGAAAGGGAUCUUUGUCUUUUGGCCUUUGGGCCCAAAAAAGGGAAUUCACGGCGUUUGGCAGGAAUCAUGUCCUUAACAUCGCAGUGGCUACAGCAUGAAGUAGGUAACUUGGAAGAGCGAACUGCCCGGGAAACUGCCCGCAGAGCUACCUUGGGCAUGUAUUUGGUUCCAGAUGCAACUGUGCUUAUCAACCACCUCCAGGCUAUCAAGAUGCUUCUGUCAAAGCCUACACAUAUAAUAAUCAUCCCACAAGCAGCUAUUGACUUGCUUGAUCAACAAAAGCGGGAGAGCUUGGGUGCCCGUGAUGCUAUCCGCUGGCUGGAGAUAAAGUUCCGUCAUGGCUCACGCUUUAUCAAAGCCCAAUGCCCACAUGAAAGAACUCGCUUGCCUCUUAUUAAGUACCCCAAGCGGAAGGACAAGGAAGCUUGGGAGUGGUAUCAAAUAGUGGAAUGUUGCCAUUAUCUGAGUGCACAAGUGCAGCAGAAUUCUAUCACUGUCAAGACGGCAGUGACUCUACUGACUGCAGAGAAACACCCACCCAGUUCCACUUUCAUUCACUCUGGCCUCACCCAAGCUGCAGGCGCAGUAUUGGAACACAUUGAGGAGUUCAUGCGUAAAUGGCAAACAUCUACCAAAGGGCAUAGCUGAAGAGAUAAGAUACAAGGUUUGCUCCUGACCGGUCAUCACUCAUCGUCCCUACCAGCUGUGCAUCGAAAGGGCUCUUCCUCCCUCUAAUUGGCCUUGUGUGCACAUUAUUGGCCUUGUGUGCCCACCUUCGGUCUUGUGGCCAUUCCUGUAUACAUACAUGUGCACUGAUGAUAACCAACAGUGCAAAAGAGCCGGGUUCACAUGUAUGAAGGAGUGAUCACAUAAAAUGAUAUGCAUGCACUCGGGUGUCCUUUGUGCAUUUUUCAACUCCAGGUUGUCCCAUUGCAUAUCUGUGUGUGUGUGGAAGCUUCUGAUUGGCUGUGGGGAAAUUGAGUUCAGAAACCAUCAUGUUUGGAAUGCUGUCCUUGAUUAUUCAUAAGAUAUUUAAUAAUUCAAGUGUACUGUGCUCUUAAUAAAGUAGCACACAGCUCAAAUUUUGUUUGUGACAACCCAUUUCAAGUAUACCUUGCAGAAUACGUUUUGGACGUCCAACAGUGCAUGUUAAAUCCGUUUGAUUUCUCAUGAAAAUUCUGCAGUACCUGACCCUAAAUCCUAACUUAUCUGAAAUAUCUUGCAAUUACCAUUUAGAAUUUUUUUCAUUUCAACCUGAAUUGGUCUUUUUAUUAUACACCUACCAUCCGACUUACGACCUGCUCGACUUACGACCACUCUACUUACGACCGUGUUUUUUAUGCCAAAUUUCUGGGAAAUAAACAACUAUUUGUGUUGUA